AGUAGACUACAAACUACAAAGUAUGACUUAGAUCUAAAAGAAAAUUCUGGGCAUGGUGAUGAUGAUGAUGAUGUUAGCAUUAAAAAUGAAGAGCAACUGAAUCUAUCAAUUCAUCUUCUUCUUAAACUUCAAUCCAUAUCCAAAUCCCAAUGCAAUGCAGCUCUUGUUUCUCACUCUCACCAUGCCUUCUUCUACUUCUAGGGUUCCCUUUUUCUCUCUCUCUCACACACUCUUUCACUCCGAACAAAAUCCAACACUUCCACCAAUUCUCACGCAUUCCUUGAUUCCAUUCCCCUCUCAGCUCCCUUCAUGCAAAAUCCCUACCCACUUCACAUUCCUCUGAUAUCGUCGAAGCCUCUUUCUGCUUCACACUCCUCACUGUUAAUUUUUUUUUCUUUUCUUUCUGGAAUCUGAUUUUCAGGGCUGCGUUUCUCGAGUUGGGGAGUGAAAAGUUUUGAUUUUUUUUUUAACUUUGAUCGCGAUGAUUUCUUCUGGGCUCAACUUGGUGAUGACUGUGAUUGGGUUUGCGGUGAGCACCAUGUUCAUUGUGUUCGUGUGCACGAGGCUUGUCUGUGCUCGAAUCCACUUGAAUGCUUCAAGGAGAUCCUUUCCCAUUGCUUCCAGAUCCAAUCUUAGCAUGAUGGAACGGGGUUGGCAUGGUCUUGAACGCACAGCUGUAGCUAAAUUUCCAACAAAGAAGUUCAGUGACAAGUUCUUUUCGGCUGAAGAAAAUUCUCAGUGUACAGUCUGCCUCUCGGAGUACCAAGGUGAAGAUAUUCUGCGUAUCCUCCCCUACUGUGGACACUCAUUCCAUGUGACCUGCAUAGACUUAUGGCUGCAGCAGAAUUCCACUUGUCCAGUUUGUCGAAUAUCAUUGCGGGAAUUUACUGAGAGAAAGCGGUUAAUGCAACCCUUAUUCAGCUCUGCUUUACGACCUCAUCGCAGCGCAGAAUCCAUUGAGAACCCCCAUUAUCUCUGUAUGAUGGGUGAUAAUGGGUUACCAUUGAGAACCCCAGACAACCAUGGGGCUAAUGUGAUGCAAGAGGACAGUUUUCCAUCCGAGGGUGGUGGAGCAGAUGCUACAGAUAGCAUCACCUGUCUUAUUCCGGACGAUCUUGUUAAAGAUGAAGAGAAGAAGCAUAUAGAGAGCCCGUCAAACUUCUAGAGACCGGUUCAUGUAAAUCCACUUUUUGAUGCGGUACUCUGAAAUCACAAAUUGAGCAAAGGUCAUCUUCCGAAUUUGGGUCAAACUCCAUUGCGUGCUGAAGGAUGGUUGACUGCUUUGCUCUUAGUGUAUAUGUAGCCAUGAGUUUUGUUUUCCCUCACUGGGUUUACAUUUUUACUUUCUCCUCUCCUUUGUUCUGUUCUUUAGCUUCAACACUAGCUAGUGUUUGAGAUUUAUUCUUCCUCUCCUCUCUCUUUCUCUCUAUCCUUGUGUGUGCAUGUGCGCACGCAUGUAUGUUGUAAUUAGUUGUAAGACCAUAAAUUGCUCAAGAUAAAUUGGAGCUAUAUCUCUGUGUCUUUGCCUCUUCUGGCCAUUGAUGUAUGUUGUUGGUUUGGGAACACACAGUUAUUCUAGCUAGGUUCUAGCUAUCUUACCCCUGUUUUUUGUUCAAUUAUUAUUAUUAUUUUGAAGGG